AUGGCGAGGAGACAGUCUUUCACAAGCGAUAAGCGUUGCUCCGUACUAUGUGAGGUGGGCGAUACGAACAUCAAGGAGGAAAUGGUGUACACUUUCCCAGGAAAACAGCUUCUAACGGUUACACCACGGCAAGCAGUAAACCUCACGGAAGAUUGGACGUCAUUCAUUGGUACUUCUAUAUCGCUGCAAGUGCCCAAUGCUAAACAUACGCUAGUACUAAUUGAAGCCAAUCUACCGCGCAAAGGAAAAUAUGGAAAACCCCUGUACCCGGAUAUUCCUUCAGACAAAGCAGUUAAGUUGUCUGAGUUAUCUACGCCUCUUGCAUGGAAAGCUGGUCAGCCAUUUGGAUUGCUGGUACAAUCGCGUUUAGACGAUUUUAGUGAAAUUGGAAUGGCGUUUCUUGAAGGUAUCUUACAACUGGAUGAUGGUCUUCAAGUUGAACAAAUGAUGAGUGUCGGCAUUGAAGGUCAUGCAUUCACAUUACUUGAAUAUCUACCGGGGAGACAGCGAUCACCAUGUACUAUUAAGGGGGAGAAAAGUCGGAGGCGGAGAUCCAAGCUUAUGGAAGAAUCUCGGAGGGAAGGCUCGCAAUUAUCGAACCAUACCACGUCUGCAACCUCACCCACCGGAAAUAGCACCUUGUCACUAUCACCUCAGUCAGCGGGACCACAGAAACAUCUCCGCAGGCGACACUCCCCGCUGUUUUUGAGAAAGAUGGAAGAAAAACAACGCUCACAGGAGUCAUCACCCAUGUCUAGUACAGCCACAUCUCGUAGAGGAUCGCAGGACUCUAUGUCAUCAGGUAUUGAAUUUUUGAUGGACACAUCGCAUGACAGUACGGGAUCCGCAGACGUCAACGCUAUGUCAAGCAUUACAAAAAGGAAGGGAAUUCAGAAGCCACCUAACGUACUGGUGUUCACAGAUGACAAAUCAACAAACAAAAAACUAUCGCAAGUGAAAAGUAUGUUAGAUAUGUGUCUUGAACGGAACUGCUACACUGUGUACAAUAUUAACAGCAGUAAGCUCGUCUCACACCCAUGGAUUGACAAUACUGUUGCGUUAAUCAUCGCAACACAGGUGGAGCUCUCAGACAACGUGAGGGACAUCUUGAUGAGAUACCUUUACAGGGGAGGACGAGUACUCAGCCUGUGUGGCCAUUUUCAUGUGGGACUCAAAAUGGAACUUAACCCAGACAGAACACUUGUUGAAAAUAUUGUAUAUAAUUCAAUAGACAAUAGCCAAACUAUGAACUUGGCAGUGAAUUGUACGCGAUAUAGCUAUAGACUUUCUAACAUAGCGGGUCACAACGUACACGUGUUAGGUACGAUGCAAGAUAAACCCGUACUCUUACAUGUGAAUGUCGGCGAGAGUGGAAUAGCCGUUCUUUCUCAGGUUUAUUUAGAAGCUACUGCAGGUGACAAAGACUCCUUAGAUAAAGAAACUUUUACCAGACUUAAAAUAUCAAAUCCUGCCCGUCAUCGUGUCUGGUGUGAUCUACUCGGCUACUUGGGUUUGAAAGUCGGACAGAGUGAACCGCCAGCAUUAACGCCAUGCUAUCUGUUAUGCAAAAACAAGAGUUUCAAAGAAAAGCUUUUGAAGUCAUUGGCAGAGAAAGUGAAUGGGGACCAAAUACUGAAAGGGUCACAGGUCAGCCUUCAUUUUGUUGAUGCAGCAAAGGAUGCUGGGACUGUGUCUGCUGACCAGUUACCGGUGGUAACCAAUGAAAUCAUGAAGUCUGGGAGUAGUUUUGAUAUAGAUGUUUAUUGGGAUAAUCUAAGCGCUAAGAAUCUUGGUACAGUUUUGAUGUAUACUGAAGUAGUGCCCACCACUCAGCUCAUCUUUCAAAGUUUACAGAAUGUGGUACCAAAAGAUAUUGGUCUUAUUGCAGUGGCUGGCAGCAUGACUCAAGGAAAAGGACGUGGCGGUAAUACAUGGUUAGGUCCAUCUGGCUGUGCCAUGUUCUCUCUGUUAUUAAAUAUCCCAGUACGUACAGAGCUAGGUCAAAGGUUACCGUACUUACAGCAUAUAGCGUCCCUAGCAGUUGUUGAGGCUGUGUGUAACUUACCAGGUUAUGAGGGAAUAGACUUGAGGUUAAAAUGGCCCAAUGAUAUUUACUAUGGCAGCGAAAUGAAAUUAGGUGGUGUUAUCGUCAAUUCAACGUAUUAUUCCACUGAGUUCCGUGUUGUUAUAGGUUGUGGUUUCAAUGUAAACAACAGUGACCCAACCAUAUGUAUUAAUGAUAUAAUAGAGCAAUACAACAGAGAUCAGGGCACUACGUUAAAGAAGAUCUCAAUUGAACAGCUGAUUGCACGCACUGUGUCCAACAUAGAAAGUAUAAACCAGGAGUUUAUGGACAAUGGCAAAGACUUAUUUUUGUCUCGAUAUUAUAAAAGAUGGCUUCAUAGUGAUGCUAGAGUUCGUUUGGAGAGUGAGAAUGGACCUGAAGUGACCGUUAUUGGCCUAGAUAACCAUGGCUAUUUGUCUGUUCGUAAUGAAUACAACCAAUUAUUGAGUGUGCAGCCGGAUGGCAAUAGUUUUGAUAUGAUGAAGAAUUUAAUUAUAACAAAGUCUCAAUAA